UGUUAUUUUAACUCAGUGUGGGAGCUGGAGGAAGAGAUUUCCGAACUCUGCACCCAGCGCAGAGCACUACUAUAACUUCCAAGGGAUCGAGUUUUCCGGCUCCCGCAGCCUGGGUGGUGUGGCAAGGAACAAUGUGCCAGGAUCGGCCUUGGGGAUCUUUGAAUCUCUUUACUGCCUGGCGGGUCGGCAGCUCCGAGGGGUGGGGUUGCAGAGGUUUUGCGUUCUCAGGCUAGGCAUUGGCAUUGCACCCCCGCUCCUUGUGGCAACGAGGGUGACUGAAGGGCUCAGCUUGUCGGCGGGGCAGCGAGAACCCGGUGCGCGCGCCGGGGAGGUAGCAGCCGUUGGGACGAGACGCUGGUUCCAAGGGGAGAGCCAGGCGCUGCUGAGGCACUGGUUCAGACAGCCAGGCCCUUGGGACCCACCAUGAAUCCUGAAGAUACCAAACCUGAGUCGUCCAAGGCACCUUCGGGGAGCUUGAAACAACCAGAGACUGCCACAGCCCUGGCAAGUAACGGCAAUGUAGUGAGUUCUGUACCCAAGGCACGGCGCGACAUGUCAGCGAAGACCGCACCCCGGAAGCACUCCGCUGUCUCAGUUCGCACAGUGCAGUCCGUAGCCCCCGCACAUCCCAAAGGCAGCAAGGGCACUGCACCCUCAAGGAAAGCCACCAAACGCCCACCCCCAACGCCCUCUGCACCCACUGAGUCCAAACUCUUAAAUGAGACAGCAAUUAAAGAGCGUGCGGAGGGCCGAGCCAAAGUCCCGUACAAAUUCAGGGACAGCCUCAAGCGUUUUUUCUUCUCGCCCACUGGAAUGUUGAAGAUCCUGAGAAUGGUGAGCGGACAGCUGAGUCUUAUUAUAGGAGCAUUAGCUUGUUUCAUCAUCGCCCAAGCCAAUGAGUCAUUUAUAGCGAUCACACUUCUGGAAAUCUGCAUCGUCAUCUUUUUUAUGCUAAUAUAUAUGCUAACACUUCACCACUUGCUGACCUAUUUACAUUGGCCCUUACUUGAUCUUACCAACAGUAUCAUUACAGCUGUGUUCCUCUCAGUCGUUGCCUUCUGGGCCAUGCAAGAAAAGAAAAGAAGACAUUUAUUCUAUGUUGGAGGGAUACAGAAACUGAGGUUAAAUAACUUGCUGUGGGUCACAAGACUGGGACAAACUGGGACUCAAACCCUCAUCAUAUGGAAGAACACAAGAAAUGGCAGAUCAAAUGCUUGGAAGAUUCAGGGAGUGGGGUGGGGAGGUAGGGCUUUGGUUCAAGAAGUUAAACAAUGAGAAUAGAAAUUAACGCAGAAAAAAAAAAGUUUAUUUGACUUCAUUCCAUAAUCAGUAAAUAUCUGUCAGUCCCAUUGGAUUGUGCUAGACCUGAGCUCAGUGCUGGGGAUGGAGCCCCUUCCCCUUUGGGGAAGCUCACAGAUUGGCUGGGGCAAAGCAUACCUAGGAAAAGCUCAUUAAGCAGCCAGUAAUUAAGUGACCUUAAAGAGAAACAUCCAAGGCUGUCAAGAGUCCUGGUGUGCACAGGGGAAUAUCCGUGCCAUGGGCACCCCCAGGUCUCCAUUUCUUACUGGAUGGCAGCAUCCCACUCCCAUCCCUCACUGGUCUUCCUGCCUCCAGCCUGGUUCACUUUCCAUUCACCUCAUGGCCACUGCAAGUGGGUUUUCUGAGACUCACACCUGACCUCUUGAUAAGAGUCCCAGAUCCUGCACCUCUCCAGCCUCAACUCUGCCCAAUUCUCAGCAGCUCCGGAGGUCCUGGCCACACCAGAUUCCUUAGAGACCCUAGUCUAGUGCCUGGGUUAUCCUCCUCCCCUUAGGAACUCCUUCCUGCCCUUUGCAAACAUAGCCCAAAAGUCUUUCCACGGAGAGGCCUUCUCAGGACCCACCCCUACCUGCAAACUCUUAGGGCCAGUGCCCUUCCCUGGUCCUUUCCUGGUGCCUCAGGUAUCAGGUGAGGCUACUACUGGCAACAAAAUCCGCCCUUUUCCAAAUUCCCUUUUUCUGGGAAAGGCAGAGUGGGCCUGCAGCCGCCAACUGGGGUAGUGAAGGGUCGGAGGGGACAGGAGGCCGCCCGCAGCGCCCACCCUGGAUGGAGGUAGGUUCGAGACCUUGUUACCGAGCUGCAAAAUAACCCAGCCUUUCCUUCC